AUGCUGCCCGCCUUGCACACGCACACGGCUGCUCAUUUGGAUACUUUGGACAAUCGAGAUAGUGGGGAGGCACACCAGCCGCAACAGCAACAGAAACGAAGCGCCAGCAUGAUCUUUCGCAUUGAGCAGUUCCUGCCCAGUGUGACGUCAACAAUGACCAGCAACACGACGACAACGACAGCGGCAAGUGUAGUUGUCACCCAGGCGAGCAAACGCCAGAUGGGCGGUAGUCAACGUCCAGGCGUCUACACCGCCCAGUACAUGCCCAAGGAUGCGUGUUCUUCUUGCGUGCCGCCGGCAUCCCUACUCGCAGUAUCGAGCCCACCAGCAAGUGGUAGCAAUUCACGUGCCUAUUGUGCGCUUACCGAUGGUCAGCUCCUCAUGUCCGCCACAUUGAUGCGGCAGUUGAAGCUAUCAGAGGAUAUUUAUAGCUUCAAUGCACUCUUCGAGCUCCAUGCGGGGCAGGUGCGCGUGCGCAUUGUUCGCGAUGUGGCGCGAGAUGAGGAGAUCGUCGCCUGGUUUGGAGAAGAAUUGGUUCUGCUCAUGGGCAUACCAUUUCUGACGCCAUUAAAUAUACAAGGUGAUAACCGUUACACCUGCAACCUCUGCCAUCUCACCUUCUCACAUCCACAUCCGCUUAAAAUACAUCUAGCACUGGGCUGUGGUCACAGCGCCAUUGAUAUACUGUGGUUUCGCCUCCACUGCGCCCUAAAGGCACCGCAGCCUUCUUCUGUUUCUCAUGCGCUGACAGCCAUCCAGCAUUCCCCACCACAUCCGGCAUCAUCAGCUUCCUCAAUAUCGCCCACACAUACGCCUCCACCACCGCCUCCCGCCUCUGUAGCAACAACAUCAUUGUCAGCUCAACGUUUCUCCGCCUUCCGACCCAUAGCAACCACACUGGCAUCGCUGCCCGGUGCGCAGUCCCUCAUAGGUCUACCAACGAUCACCACCAGCGCGUCACUUCCGUACCUUACUCCGAUUUCUAUGUCAGCACCAUUGAUGAGCCUCCCCUCGAGUAAUCCGAUCAAUGCAGCCGCACAAAUCGAGGCCAUUGUUAGCAAUAUGGGGGCCUCCAAGCAGGGACACCUCUGCAUAUACUGCGGCAAGGUAUAUUCCCGAAAGUACGGCCUGAAGAUCCACAUACGUACCCACACCGGCUUCAAGCCGCUUAAAUGCAAAUUCUGUCUACGUCCGUUUGGCGAUCCCAGCAAUCUCAACAAGCAUGUACGCCUACAUCUUCAGACAAACUCACCAAGUAGUGGAGCAAUUGACUGUGGAACGGGCGAGCCCGAUACAGCCGGCUAUCAAUGCCAGCUUUGCCCAAGGACCCUGGCUAGAAGACGCGACCUACAACGGCAUAUGGAGACGAGGCAUAGUGGUGUUCAACCAGAACGGAAUACAAAUACAACUCGAAAAGACGAUUAG